ACUGUAUCUGUAUAAGUCAAUAUGAUUGUUGAAAGAAAGGACCGAGUUGCACAUGGUGCUAUCUCCAUCAACUCCAUAGAUCUCUCUCUGUCUCUUAACUGUGCCUCUUUUAUUUGUACUAAGACUGCCAUUACCAUUUAUCACUUUCUACACAUAGCCACAGAGAUAUUAAAGCUCUGAAUAGAUUUUUUUUGUUUGUUUUGUUUUGUCUCAUCUGUGUUUUUGUCCUUUUCCUCUAAAACUUACAUAAGAAGGCUUGGUCUGAAGUUGAGGAAAGCAAAUUGGAACAUAGGAAGGAAAUGGCAGAGGAAAGUAUGAGUGAAGUUACUACUCCAGUUCGUCAGGUUCUUCUCAUUUCUGCUGGUGCUAGUCAUUCUGUUGCUCUUCUCUCUGGAAACAUUGUUUGUUCUUGGGGACGAGGAGAGGAUGGACAGUUAGGCCAUGGCGAUGCUCAUGAUCGACUUUUACCUACUCAAUUGAGUUCAUUGGAUGAGCAUGAAAUAGUAUCUGUUACAUGUGGAGCUGAUCAUACAGCUGCAUAUUCUCUGUCACGUGUGGAAGUAUAUAGUUGGGGAUGGGGUGAUUUUGGGAGGUUGGGUCAUGGAAACUCUAGUGAUUUGUUCACUCCUCAGCCAAUCAAAGCAUUGCAUGGUCUAAAGAUAAAGCAAAUUGCUUGUGGGGACAGCCAUUGCUUGGCAGUGACCAUGGAUGGCGAGGUGCAGAGUUGGGGGCGGAACCAAAAUGGUCAACUUGGUCUUGGCACCACCGAGGACUCUCUUGUCCCACAGAAAAUUCAAGCAUUUCAGGGAGUAUCUAUUAAAAUGGUUGCUGCUGGUGCUGAACAUACUGCAGCUGUUACAGAAGAUGGGGAGCUAUAUGGAUGGGGCUGGGGCCGAUAUGGAAACUUGGGCUUAGGUGACAGAAAUGAUCGAUUGGUUCCUGAAAAAGUUUCUGCUGUUGAUGUAUGUGAAAAUAUGGGUGUGAAGAUGGUUACAGUAGCCUGUGGAUGGCGGCAUACAAUAUCUGUUUCUGCUUCUGGUGGUUUAUACACUUAUGGCUGGAGCAAAUAUGGUCAACUUGGACAUGGGGAUUUUAAGGAUCACCUUAUUCCUCACAAGCUAGAAGCCUUGCAUGACAAUCAUAUUUCUCAGAUAUCAGGAGGUUGGAGGCAUACAAUGGCAAUUACAUCUGAUGGAAAACUUUAUGGCUGGGGCUGGAAUAAGUUUGGACAAGUUGGAGCUGGUGACAAUGUUGAUCAUUGCUCUCCUGUGCAAGUUAAAUUUCCCCAUGAGCAGAAAGUAGUUCAAAUCUCUUGUGGGUGGAGACACUCACUUGCUGUUACCGAAAAGCAAAAUGUAUUUUCUUGGGGAAGAGGUACCAAUGGACAGCUUGGGCAUGGGGAAUCUGUUGACCGGAACAUUCCAAAGAUCAUAGAGUCCUUGAGUGUUGAUGGAUCUAGUGGGCAGCAUAUAGAAUCCUCCAAUGUGGAUCCAUCAUCAGGCAAAACCUGGGUCUCACUGUCAGAGAGAUAUGCAGUUGUUCCUGAUGAAACUGUCCAAGGGCAAGCAUCUGUCUCAGUCAGUGGUAAUGGGAAUGAUGCAAGUGUUCCUGAAAAUUAAGUCAAACGGGUACGAGUGUGAUAUUCCAGACAUCAAUGAAACAGUCGAGUUACCUGUCCUGGCUUCUGAGUUACCAAGCAUCAUUUUGUGAACUAGGCAACUACAUGAUUUCUGUAAAUUCUAAUCAUUUCUUGGAUUUAACACUGGUUUAUGCGCGGAGGGUAUACUUUGAACUCUACUCAUUUAGAAAUAAUUUUUGUUUGAAUGCAAUAGUUGUGUCUUGUUUC